CGACUCUGCUCAAUUUAAGGAUGCCGGAAGCACCCCUGUCGUUACCCGUCCUGAUUCGGACCAUCCGGAACGCACAGACCCAGGCGGAGGAACGGGAACUGGUCCAGCGAGAAAGCGCCAAGAUCCGGGGAGCUUUCCGUGGAGACGAAUCCGACACCCGGGCUUCCAAUUUGGCCAAGUUGCUCUAUAUUCACAUGCUGGGCUAUCCUGCUCACUUUGGACAGAUGGAAUGCCUGAAGCUCAUCGCCUCCCACCGAUUCCACGAAAAGCGGAUCGGCUACCUUGGCGCUGCGCUCCUAUUGGAUGAGAAGCAGGACACUCACCUUCUGUUGACCAAUAGCCUCAAGAACGACCUCCUGCAUCCCAGUGCCUGGGUGCAGGGCUUAGCACUGAGCACCCUCGGUUCCCUGGGCUCUGCGGCGAUGCUCCGGGACUUGGCUGGGGAGGUGGAACAGCUGGCCAGGGUGGGGCAGCCCUCCGUGCGAAGGAAGGCCAUUAUCUGUGCGGUACACCUCGUCCGAAAGGUGCCGGACCUCACGGACGCCUUCACCCCCCUCGGCGAGCAGCUCUUGACCGAACAAAUUCACGGCAUUUUGCACGGCACCGUCAUGUUAAUCGCGGAGAUGUGCGAGCAAAGUCCCCAAGCCUUGGAACACUUCUGCAAGUUUGUGCCCCGGUUGGUAGGGGUGCUGCGUAACCUGGUGGUAGCUGGGUAUUCUCCGGAUCACAGUAUCUCUGGAAUCAGCGACCCUUUUCUGCAGGUACAGAUCCUGCGACUGCUGAGGAUUCUGGGACGAGACAAUGAAGACACCAGCGAGGCCAUGAACGACUCCUUGGCCCAGGUGGCCACCAACACAGAGACCACACGGAACGUGGGUAACGCCAUCUUGUACGAGACGGUUCUGACCAUCAUGGGCGUACAGUCCACCAGCGGAUUGCGGGUUCUCGCUAUAAAUAUUCUAGGACGCUUUCUCCUUAACAAGGAUCGGAAUAUCAGGUACGUGGCUCUAACAUCUCUACAGAAAUUGUUGCAAGCGGAGAACAGCGCUGUCCAGAGGCACCGAUCCACCGUCCUCACGUGCCUGGCCGAUCUGGACCCAACGGUGAAGAGGCGCGCCCUGCAGCUUAGCCUGGCUCUGGUGAACAGCAGCAACGUGAGGACAACCGUUAAGGAACUGCUGGUGUUCCUUGACACCUGUGCCCCAGACCUGAAGUCGGACUGCGCUUCCGGAAUAUUCCUAGCCACUGAGAAGUUUGCGCCCAACAAGCGUUGGCACAUAGACACCAUCUUCCAAGUUCUGACCAUGGCUGGUUCGUACGUGCGUGACGACGCAGUGCCCAAUCUCAUCCACCUGAUCGGUGGUGCAAAGGAGCUUCACGGUUAUGCUGUGCAGGAGCUGUACAACGCAGUGGCCCAAGAUAUCUCUCAGCAACCCUUGGUUCAAGUAGCCACCUGGUGCAUUGGUGAAUAUGGCAACCUCUUACUGGACGGGAGCUGCGACGAGGUGGAGCUUAAGCAGGUGGACCCAGAGGAGAUGCUGUCCCUGUUGGAGCGGGUGCUCCAGUCACACCUGUCCCUGCCGGGAACCAGGGCCUAUGCCCUCACCGCGCUCAUGAAGCUUGGGACCCGUCUCCAGGACAACGCCGUCAACCGGAUCCGGAGUUUAGUUUCCAUUUAUUGCAGCUGCCAUGACAUUGAACUACAGCAGCGGGCGGUGGAGUUCAAUGCCCUUUUCCGGAAGUAUGACCACCUCAGAGCGUCCAUUCUGGAGAAGAUGCCCUUGGUGGACAGAAGUGUCUACAGCGAGGAAGGAAGUGAAAAAGAAACUAAGGGAAGAGAGGACGUUGCCCUUAAGGUCCUGGAGGUGGCGCCAUCCAGCCAUCCUAAGCAGCGGGAGGAAACGAACCAGGUCUCUGAUCUCUUGGAUCUCCUUGGGGGACCCAUAGAUUCCUCUCCAGAGCAGCCCAGCACGGUCGCCCCAGUAAUGGGAUCCUUCCUUGAUUUGCUGGGGGAUCUAAAAACCCCAGCCACCACCUCCUCCAGCAUGGCGGUGUACGAACGAGACGGCCUGCUUAUCGAAUUCUCCAUGGAGCGCCCCCCACUGGAACCCACCUUGCUGCUGAUCACGGCCACAGUCUCCAACCGCACCUCAGACGAAAUCCCUGCGUUUUCUUUGCAAGUGGCUGUUCCCAAGUCUUUCCAGGUAGAGCUCCUGGCCCCCAGCAGCUCGACAGUCCCAGGCCAGGGUGGGCCUCCCAUCACUCAACACAUUCGAGUGUUGAACCCAAGGAAGCUCCCGCUCCGGAUGAGGCUACGGCUCGCCUACACCCUACCUUCGGGGGUUCCGGUACAGCAGAUUGAGGAAAUCAACUCAUUCCCAGAGAGUGCCUGGAAAUGAACAGUGUGUAACAGACUUGCACCUUACUUGCACUAGGGGUUCCUCCACAACGCUCUCUCUCCAAAUCCAAAAGAAGACCCAUUUUAUUUUAAUUUUCGCAGUUGCAAGAGCUAACCACCAGGUGGUGACUUUAUUCCAUCUGGAUCCCCCUAUUGGUACACGAACGCACAUGCACCCGGCACUG